UCAUUUCUUUUGUAUGCUGGAGUCUGAAAAGCUAAGCUCCAUAAAGAAUGACUUGCCCGGAAAUGACAUGAGUUUCCUCAAAGGGAUCAUCGAUUCUUUUGGUUCGAUCUUCUCCGCCGCCUCCUCCUCAUACGAGUCUCACCCAAACUCCGAUUCUCCUCCAAAUUCGUCAACCAUGGAAGGCAUAGCUGGACCUGGAGCUUCGGUCUCCAACGAGCGUGUUGCGUACAAGCUUAGGGGGUACUUCGAUUUGGCAAAGGAUGAGAUCGCCAAGGCUGUUAGGGCUGAAGAGUGGGGCUUAGUCGACGACGCCAUUGCUCACUAUAACAACGCCCAGAGAGUUCUCGUUGAAGCAACAUCCACUCCCGUGCCUUCCUAUAUCAGCCUCAGUGAGCGAGGGAAGGUCAAAUCUUAUCGCCAAAAAAUAUCAAAAUGGCAGGGUGAAGUUUCUGAAAGGUUACAGGCCUUAAGUAGGCGAGCAGGUGGCACGUCUGUAAGCAAAAGCACCUUAGAUCAUGUGCAGACUGCUGUAGUUAGACCAACGACAUCAAAUGCCAGAAAGCAUGUGUUACCCAAGUCUCCUCAUCCCACUACAAACAGACCCGAAAUAAGGAAUCAGAUUCAGACCAAUAAUAUUGUAAGCUCAAAACCUGUGCAAGAGACUGGUGGUGGUUAUGAUGCAAAAUUAGUGGAAAUGAUAAAUAGUGCUAUAGUGGAUAGAAGCCCUUCAGUUAAGUGGGAAGAUGUAGCCGGUCUUGAGAAGGUUAAGAAAACUUUGAUGGAGAUGGUUAUUUUACCAACUAAGAGAAGAGACUUGUUCACUGGUCUACGAAGGCCAGCUAGAGGUCUGCUUUUGUUUGGUCCACCUGGUAAUGGGAAGACCAUGCUUGCUAAGGCAGUUGCUUCAGAGUCCGAGGCAACAUUUUUUAAUGUAUCUGCUUCUUCACUGACAUCAAAAUGGGUAGGAGAGGCUGAAAAGCUUGUGCGAACCCUUUUCAUGGUUGCUAUAUCCAGACAGCCAUCAGUAAUUUUCAUGGAUGAAAUUGAUAGUAUCAUGUCAACAAGGCUUGCAAAUGAACAUGAUGCAAGCAGAAGGUUGAAGUCAGAGUUUUUAAUACAGUUUGAUGGGGUGACCUCUAAUCCUAAUGAUCUGGUAAUUGUGAUUGGUGCUACUAAUAAGCCACAAGAACUGGAUGAUGCGGUUCUUAGAAGACUGGUGAAGAGAGUGUACAUACCCUUACCAGAUUUAACAGCAAGGAGACUGCUUCUGAGGCACAAACUCAAGGGCCAAGCGUUUUCCUUACCAAGUGGAGAUCUUGAAAGACUCGCAAGAGAGACUGAAGGAUAUUCAGGAAGUGAUCUGCAAGCAUUGUGUGAAGAAGCUGCAAUGAUGCCUAUUAGGGAACUGGGUGAAAACAUUCUCACAAUCAAGGCAAAUCAGGUAAGACCACUAAGAUAUGAAGAUUUUCAGAAGGCAAUGACUGUAAUCAGGCCAAGCUUAAGCAAAAGCAAGUGGGAAGAGCUUGAACGCUGGAACGAGGACUUCGGCUCUAAUUGAAUGCCUAUUACAGGACUCUCUAUGGUUUAUAUGAUCAAAGCAGCCUUGUUUAUAUGCCGCCACCGGUACAAAGAACGAUGCUGAAAAGAGCCAGGAGGUGGGAUGUGAAAACCCAAAAGAAGGAAAAAGCAUAUCUAAUUGUGUACAUGGCACACACCUCGCCUCAAACUGGUCUCUGCCUGCUCUUAAUUCUUUGUAUUCUUUUGGGUAAGGUGUACUAUAUAUAUUUUGUAUAUUAUAAUCAUAGUUGGGUUUUCGACGCCGGAAGGCCAUUGUAGAUGCAUUGACAAAAUCUUUAAUGUACCAAGAAAUUGUAAAAUUUCCAAUAUUUUUCUCCGAGUGCCAA